AGAACCAUCUCCAAUAUAUUCUGAUCUCAAAUUAAGAUGAUUGUUUAUCUAGACACCAUAUUGGUCCCGAUUAGUCUCUUGCUUACGGUGGGUUAUCAUGCUUAUCUGUGGCAUAGCUUCAAGAACAAACCCUCUCAUACUACCAUUGGAAUCAACAUGCUGAAGAGGAGAGCCUGGUUUCGAGAUAUCAAAGGGGGUGAUGAAGAUAAGAUGGGAAUGUUAGCUGUCCAAAGCUUGAGAAACACUCUGAUGGCGACCACGCUCACAGCUUCCAUAACAAUUCUGGUUUUGGUUGCAUUGGCGGCUCUAAUCAACAACGCCUACAGUGCAUCUCAUAUCUUCAGUAGUGCGAUUUUCGGGUCACAAUCCUCUAGGAUAUAUUCUGUAAAGUAUGGCUCAGCAGCACUGGCUCUGUCAAUUAGUUUCCUCUGCAGUUCAUUGGCAAUUGCAUUCUUGAUUGAUGCCAAUUUCUUGAUUAAUGCCUCCUGUGAUCACGAAUUAUCAUCCUUGUCUUCAGAACACACACGAAGCAUAUUUGAGAAAGGUUUUGUUUUGGCUCUUAUAAGCAACAGAAUGUUGUGCAUCACUUUUCCGAUGCUGAUGUGGAUGAUCGGUCCGAUACCGGUAUGUUUGUCAUCGAUAGCAUUGGUUUGGGGGCUUUAUGGGCUUGAUUUUGCUGAGAAGCUAGCAAAAGGCAAUAAGCAAAGUCUCAGUAGAAGACUGUGAUGCCAGCAAGUCGUUUGUUGAUCAAUAGCAACGAAAAGAAGCAACUACUAGCUAGACAAAAUAAGUUAAUUACUUGUGUAAGUUGUGUUCAAUUGCAUCCGCGUUAUGACUCAUGAGAUAUGGGCAAUUAGGUGUUCAAAGAAUUCUCAAUUACAACAGCACCGGCCACCUUAAUGCCCUCUCCCCAACCAUCAUUUUAUUUUC